CGCUCUAUUUCCAUCGCUGUGAUCUUCGGGUCAAGAAAGGGAAAGUUAAGAGAUAGAUGAGAACCAUGACUGGAAGAGAGGAGGCCUCUGAUGGAAAGCCAAAGGGAGAAGCCUUAGCCCCCAGCAUUGGAAACGACAAAUCAGUCAGACUGAACGCAUCUGGUUUUAGAUCUAAAGGCUUCGCCAUCACUGAUCUCCUUGGUUUGGAGACCGAAUUGCAACCAUCCGCUGGUUCUGGAGUCGGUUCUAAUGUAGAGGGUCACGGCGCCCGGAUGGGGGGGUUUGCGUUUUCAGAGGGGUCCUUGCCCCUCGGUCUGGGGUUCCUGUGCAGUUUGGCAGUCCAGCAAACCUCAGGAGCACCCUGCUUCCUUCCGAGUCACAUCCCUGUUCUUCAAACUAGGGCAGAAAGACAGAUUAUGCAGAAUGUGGAGCAACACAAGGAAAACUACUCUGACGAUGACAGUUUUUCUGGCGACGUGAACGACUUAAAAAACCCAGCAAACUCCCAAAAUAAAAGGAAAAAGAGGAGACACAGGACAGUAUUUACUGCUCAUCAACUGGAAGAGUUGGAGAAGGCUUUCCACGAAGCUCACUACCCCGACGUCUAUGCAAGAGAAAUGUUAGCCAUGAAAACGGAAUUGCCUGAAGACAGAAUACAGGUGUGGUUUCAGAACCGGAGAGCAAAAUGGAGGAAGCGCGAGAAAUGCUGGGGUAGAAGCAGCGUGAUGGCUGAAUACGGGUUGUAUGGAGCAAUGGUGAGGCACUCCAUACCGCUUCCAGAAUCAAUAAUCAACUCAGCGAAAACUGGAAUGAUGGGAUCUUGCGCCCCCUGGCUGCUAGGUAUGCACAAAAAGUCUUUAGAUCCAGCAAAGAAGCCCAGUAAAGUGUCAGAAGGAAGUAAUUCCAAAUCUGGUUUAGAAGAAACGAAAGUAAAAGACAGCGACAUCCAGUGGGAAAAUAAUGCAAAUACAAUGGACGAGUCAGAGGAUACGGCAAUUGACCUUUCCAGCACUGCAAAACAGGACAACAAAAGCACUUUGAAACCGUCUGACAUGAAGUCACAAAACGAAUCAGACAGCGAAAGCUAAAUGCAUAUAGUAGAUAAUGCAGUUUUAACGGACACUGUGACUGUGAGUAACAUUAUGGUGUGAAAAAGAACAGCAAUCUUGUGAAUACAGCACGGCAAUAAGCAGCCGAAUCAUACGAGCCUUUAAAAAUAUAUUCUAAAAAAAAUAAUAAUUAUAAAUAAAUUAUAAUUGUAUGUAUAUUAAUUUAAAAUGUCAGUGACAGGGUUUUUGGAUCAAUUUGUAUUUAAACAGUAUUUGGGAGAAAAUGUACAUCUUUUUAAUACAGAACAUCAAGAAAUGUGUAACUUCAACGUCCAUAUACAACGUUACAUUCAAACCAUACCUCUCUUGAAAGUUUUUCACGUGUUGUAUAAUAAUGCAGUUCUUACAAAGCUUUAGCUUUCUUUAUAUGCGUUUAUAAGAAACACCCAUUGCAAUAUUUUUCUACUAGGCUAGAAUGAAUGGAACAUAAACAGUGACAAAGAAAUAAUGCUUCUAUAGAUGUAUUAUUAUGCAAUGGUUUUGUAUAUUUUUGAAUGUCCUUAUGCACACUAGUAAAAAAAGCCAUAUAUAUAUAUAUAUAUAUAUAUAUAUAUAUAUAUAUAUAUAUAUAUAUAUAUAUAUAUAUAUAUAUAUAUAUAACUGCCUACUUUUUUGGACUCAAAGUAGAAAUACCUUUAAGCUAUAUAGACCAUACGUGUUGGUCUAUUGGUAUUUAUAUAAGCACUUUAGCUAUAUUGAUGUCGAAAGUUUUACUGGGUAAUUUUGUUUGUGACAAAAAAUUUGCAUCAUUAUGCAUUACAAAUAUUAAUUAAAAAACAUUUUGUGUUAAUGUAUUUUAUGUGGAACCUUAUUAAGAAUGUGCAAAAGUGCGACUCACAGCCCCCAUGCAGUUAAACACUUUUAAACAUUUCAACAUAUUUCUUUUUGUAGUGCCAUUGUCCUAAUUUGAGUACAGGUUACGUUAUGAUACACAGUUAUGAUAAUUUACUCAAAUUU